AAUAGGUAGGGGACAAAAUACCACGCCCUACAUACUUGUCAUUCCCAGUGAAGGUGCAUCUACCCAGAAUUCCAAUGACAUAGAGCCUGAAAAACAGGUGGACAGCACUGUAAAGAUGGCAGGCGUCAUUGCGGGAAUCCUCAUGUUUGUCAUCAUUCUCCUGGGCGUUCUCCUCACCUUCAAACGCAGAGAAAUCCACACCUGGAGAACUCUAAGUGUGGGAAGAAAUGCGUAUUCCUACUCUUAUUACCUGAAACUAGCUAAAAAACAGAAGGAGACAGCCAGCAGCAGCACGCAAAGAGAGAUGGGACCCGUAGGCACAGCGGAUAAAAGCACAGGAAAAGUCAGCACCUUACACAAGGACACAGAUUACUUUUUGGGCCAGAUUUACUAA